AUGUUUGGCUCCACGUCUGAUAUUUCCCAGCAGGUUGCAGCACAUGCCAACGAGGCCCUGAGGUGGAUGGAGCUCUACAGAAAGUAUGGCUCCCUCGGACAACAGACCCGCUAUGGCGGCUAUGGCAGCUAUGGCGGAUACUAUCCCUACCCUGGCCAGGCUGCCCCUGCUGCCCCAGCCGUCCCUCUGAGCUCUGACGAGGUUGGAGAGGACGCGGCUGCCGCUGAAGCCGAGGCUGAGCCAGCAGUGGACCUUGCAGCUGAAGAACCAGCAGUUGUGGACACCGCCUCGCCUGUAGACCCAGCCGCUGCAGCUCCUGUCGACCCGGCCGUGGAGGUGCCUGUCAAUGUUGUUAUACCCGCUGCCGUCGACAUCCCUGCCAUCAUUGAUACUAUUGACGCUGACGUCGUUGUUGUCGAUCCCGCUCUCAUAGCGCCAAACGACACCCCUAUGGUGGCUGGGCCCUCAAACCCCGCCCUCCAUGUUAUGUAGGCGCCACGGCAACAGUCGCCAGCUUGCUCCUGUGUCGAGCCAAGAAAACAUUCCCUCCUGUAGUUAUAGUAACAAAAAGGUGGAAACAACAGUGAUGGAAAAGGGGCAGGGUAGGAGCAGAGUGGUCUAUGGUGGUCUACCUGAAUAGGGACAAAAUUAAAUUGUGCGAAUAUGUGGGAUGUCUGUGAUCCUCCAUGUAUAAAUGAGCCUGUACUGUCAUUGUGCAGUCACAAAAAAUAUGAUGAUUCAG